AUCAGAUAAUAAUUUCUUAAAAAUGAGUACGACUAUUCUCCAUAUUAAUUCCUAGUUUUCGAAUAUUUUGAUAAUAGUACUAAAAACAUUUAUGUUUUGAUCGCACAUGAAAGAUCUAUCCUUCAUAGUUUUGUUCGAUUCCUAGUACCUUAUAGUUUAAAAUACCAGGCCUCACUAACAUUUGAAUAGAUUUCUGGUAUCUUCAUAAUAUGCCAUCAAAACUCUAAAGGUAUGCUUUAUGACUAUAAAAUAAUUUUAAAUUUAUUUCAACAUUUCUACUAAAGACCAUAGUAAGAUAUGUGAAAAGGAUAUAAACUACCAAUUACUAUACCUAUUAGCCUUACCAAAUGUUUUUUGUAAUAUCUUUUAUUUUGUGAUUUUUGAUUACCUACCUAACUAUUGAGUUUUGAUAGUUCUAAUAGUUAUGUUAUAAGUUUUAUAGCAAAACAACUAAGUACCUAUAUUGUUAGUACUUACUUGUAAAAAUUACUUAGGUAGUCGAUAAGUUAAUGUAUGUACCAUAUUAUUAUCUAAAACUAUUCAUCCAAAUUUAUAUAACCAAUAACAAUUUACAAGUAACAAUAACUCUCAAUUCAGACAUAUUUGAACAAAGCAAUUCUGUAAUGAUUAUUUAUUUAAUUAUUGUUACCAAUGUAAUAUUUUUAAUACUUUAAAAUAAUAUAAAACGUCAAUAUGUAAAUAAAUACUUCUUUAUUUAAUUGUAAAAAUAUUUGUUAGUAAUUGUUUGAGUAUAAUGUCUGUUACAGUAUAAACUAUAUCGUUAUUAAAAUGUUAAUAUAUAUAUAUAUACAAAUAUUACAAAUGCAAUGCUAAUGACCUUAGUUGUCGAACCAGAAAUUAAAAGUUUCAAGGACAAUAAAAAUUUUUUUUUAAAAAACGAUAACGUGUUUGUAGAUGAUGGGCAAUAGUGGAUGUUGGAAGAGGCGAAGUCCACGUUUUUCAAGUAAUUAGGUACCUACCAAUGUUAUAAACUUAUAGUUAUUUUUAGCUCUCCCUAAUUCCACCUAUGCUAAAGGCUACUGCCCAGUAAGUUAUUAUACUCGAUAGUAGGUAGGUAUAUCUAUGUAAAUUGGAACGAGGUCUAGUAAACAUAAAUUAUAAGUUUCUUUUGAUAUAAUUGAAAACCGUCGGUACAGUCAUUAUUUGUAGAAGUAAAUUCUCCUUUCAAUAGCCAAAUAUUAGACCAUGGUCCAUGAUACCAUUUUGUAUUAUAGACGUUUAAACUAUAAACCUAAUAAUUAUUAUAAAAAAAAAUAGUGCCUUAGAAUCGAGAUGACCUGGGAAUUUCAAAUGUUGUAUUUUGUUGUUUUGGCGCCUUGGUGGUACUAAAAUAGAAGCCGUGUCUAUUGGAGGCGUAAUAUAUUAUAUUUUUAUGAUACGUCUUUGAUGACUUCAUUUUUAAAAACAUCUAUGGUAGAAAUCGCCCUUGAACAGCGAUGACUGCACGUCGACUUCGAUGAAUUAUGAAUGCCAUUUCAAUAUGGAAGUACGGAACUGCAAUUUUGCAUUUUCAAUUUGACAUUUGUAACUAGCACCUACCUACUUAUUCAGUCACCACGAUCGUUAAUAAUAGUACCCGGGAAGCUCGUUUUCUAUUCUAAAGUUAGAAGUUGUCCAAUUUGUCUACUGAGAAAAGUGGAUAGUAUGGCUGAACGAAUUGAACAAGGAACUCCCAAAACCUAUCGCGGCGACAACCAUUUGGAGUUAAACGAUGAUAAUAAUUGCGAUCGCUCAUUUAUCGAAGCUACUGUAAACUGUGAUCGCCUUGUGAAUCGUUUGGAAUCAAUGCCUUUUUUACGGGAUGUCGCUUUAAAACUCGGAGCAGAAAAUACUCGUAAACACUUAGUACCAUACCUUACUCAUCUUAUAAUUGCUGAGCAACUGUCAGAAUUGAAGGAUUUAGCUGAAGUUCUUGGUGAAUUUGAAAUUUAUGUGGGAGGACCAAAAUAUGCUCACAUUUUGCUGCUACCCCUAGAAGAAUUAACAGGUGUUAAAGUUGGUAAUGUAAGGAUGGCUGCCAUCAAAUCAUUGCAAACAUUGGCCGAUAUUAUGGAAGUCAUCGAUUUGGAAAAUUAUUUUAUACCUUUUAUCGCUAGUUUGACAAUGAAUGAUAGAUGUGCUAAACGUUGUUCUGUUAGUCAUCUAUUCACUACAGUUUAUAUGCGUGUCAGUCCAAAAUAUCAAAGUGACUUAAUUGACUAUCAUUGUUUCUUAAGUUUAGACUCGUUACCUUCUGUUCGUCAAAAUGCAGCUAACAACUUGGUUGAUUUCAGCGAAAUUGUUCAUAUGUCAAUUUUUGACAGUAAAUUAACUCCACGUUUGGAACAAUUUAGUUUUGACCAAAAUGAGCAUGUUAGAAUUUUGGCUUUAUCAAUAGCAAUAACAAUUUCAAAAAAAUUUGAUGUCUCUUACACAAAACAGACAAUUCUUCCUAUUGUCUUGAAUUCAAUAAAUGACCCUUCAUGUGAAGUACGUUCAAUACUCAUCAAGAAUAUUGCCAAGGAUUUGAUAGUACUACCAGAAGAUCGAUUAAUAUGUUGUUUGAAAGCAUUUAUUAUAAGUGAUUCGUGGAAAAUGCGAAACACUGGUGCAAUUUAUUUAUAUAUAUUGGCAAUCCAAAAGGGUCUCAAAUUUUUUGAAGAUUAUUUAGAACAGCCGUUUUUAAUACUGUUAACUGACCCAAAAUCAACUGUUCAGCAAACAGCGAUGGAUGUAUUUAAACUAUUAGUUACUGAAUUUGGAAUGGAUUGGGCUCAAACAUAUAUAGUGCCAUACUUAACGAAAAUAUCUUACUCAAGAAAUACUUAUAACAAGAUGGCGUUUUUAUCAUUUGCUAAAGUAUGUGCAACAUUAAUGAGUAUACAAUUUAGAGCAUUAAACAUAUGAGAGAGAAUGCAGUGGAAUAAUGAUUUGUUGGAUUCUUAAUAACCAACCAAAUGUUCCAUGAUUAGAUGUUAGGUAUUAGAUAUUUCAUUUAUCUUAAUAAUCUAACUUAUAUGAUGGGGUCUUAAAAGUAAAGUUAUUAAAACUUUGGGUGAUUAGAAUUUUUUGAAAUCUGUGAUCAAUUAAUGUUAAACUAACUAUUUCCUCAUGUUGUGUACCAUCAGUCUGACGAUAAUCUAAAUGUUCGCUAUGCGUUAGUCAAAAUAUAAAAUGUAAUAAUGACCUCGAUUUCGGAG